GUGAAAAUACUUUUGUACAGAUUACCCAUAUAUCCCCCCUUAUAUUAUUUGCAUCAGCUGUAGAUUAUUUUUCAAACUUGAUGCAACAUCUCGCUACUAAUAGUAGUGUAUCAAAAGAUGUUUCACUAGCAUCUACGAGAUCAUGGCAAACCAUGAAGAUCCUUGCGGGCGAAGCGAAACAAUUAGUUAAGCAAGAAGAUGCAAAAAUUGUGAAACGGGAUGAUGAAAUGCGAAGUCGAAUCGAAGAAUCUACUAUAUUCUUAUUACGAAAGAUGCCAAACUUUGGAAAUGGAAUAUCAUACAUCGAUUAUAAUGAUCAUGAACCACCUCUUGUGAUGGUCGAAAGAAAGAGUGAUGAUGAGAUUUGGUAUAAUGAUCAAAUGGCUGUUAAGUUAUUGUGGCGGUAUAAUGCAGAACCGAAUGAAAUAACUCAUGAGAUAUAG